AUGGAUGAAGAAUAUAAAGAUCAUUUUAAUGGGAUACAAGAAGAUAACAAAAAUGUAGGUGGUAAUGAGGAUGAUAAUAACAUAUCUUGCGUUUAUUUAAUAAGUUUAAUGGAAAAAUGUCGAAAUAAUAUGAAUAUUGAAGAUUGGGAAGAAAUGUAUGAAUUUUUAAAUACACAAGAUCGUUUAGAUUUUACGGAUGAUGCAUCUGAACUACUUUGUGAAGUAGUUUCUCCUAUACUUCAAACAGAAUAUACUCGAUUUUUAGAAAUAUCUAUUUUGUCACUUAAAGAUAUGGUCAAUUCUCUGAGACAUCCAAGAAAAGUACUCGCUCAAUACAAUAUUAUCUCUCAAAUCGUAAAUUUGCUGAAUCCAGAUUUUCCAUACAUUUUUCAACCAAUUUUAAACAUAAUUGAGCAAUAUAUAGAUGAUGAAAAUCCACCAUCUGAUAUAGAAAUAGAACAAUUGUGCGCUACAUUCCAAUCUUUUCUUCAAAUUUCGUUUGGAGACGAUCCAAACAUGAAAAAUUUUUCUUCUUCAUUGUUUGAUUUACUUUAUAAGUUCCUUAAACACUACCAGUUCUCACAGAAUGAAGCAAAUGAAGCUUAUUCGUUCUUUGCGUUGACAAUUCGAACAAUGAAAGAAAAUGACUUUAAUCUCGCAUCAAAAAUCAAAGCAUUUUCAAUGUUUCUAUCAAAAGAAACCGGAUACUACACAAAUUUCUGUACAGAUGGAACUUCUGACAAAAUCUUCAAUUUGAUUUUCUCAAAUGAUAUAAGAUGUGUUAAAUAUUCCAUGAAAUGCAUGCUUCCAUUAUUUUCAAGCGAAGAAAUCGUUGAUAAAUACAUUGGAUUAGGAUUAUUAGAAAAAGUCUUUGAAAUAUUACAAGUUCCUACUAUAACAUCACUAGUAUGCUAUGAUGUGAUUGCAAAAUCAGCUAGAGCGUCUCAAAAAGCUGCCGAAAUUGUUAUAAAUAGCAAAUUUUUAAGUAGACCACAACUUUACAGUACAAGUAAUUAUAAAGAGAAAGUUAAGAUUAUAGAUAUAAUAAGUAGCCUUGUUUCGAGAGGUUAUUACUUAACUACAGAAAAUGAACUUAAAUACAUCCCCAGAUUUAUUGAUGGAUGUAUGGAUGAUGAUAAUCCUAAUGUGUUAACAGCUCUUAUUAAUAUUGUCAAAGAAUUAUCAUCUCAUAAUCAAAAUUUUUCGGUUGAUAUCAGCGAAGAAUUGAUGAGAAUCUUGGAUGAAGAUUUCCCUGAUGAAUUACAAGAACUUGCAAAUCAAGUAGGUGAUCAACUCUACGGAGAAUCCAAAUAA